AUGCCUUUCUACAUCCCACAUUUAAUUAUUCCCGAUAUUGAUUACAUACACUUCGAAAAAACUGCAUUAGCAAAUCCUCACUCCCUCUAUCGAAUGAAUCUUAUCCAAGGUCAACUUGAAAUAAUGCCUCCAAGCCCAGUUCAUACUGAAACCGAUGAAAGAGAAUUUGAUAUUAUUGGGCAACUUUAUAACUGGGUCUUUGCCAACAGGAACUUGGUUGGAAAAGCUGGUGGCUCUCAAGGAUGCUAUACUUUACCUAAUACUAUUGAUGAUCUUAAACCUACCAUUCUGGGACCUGAUGCUUCUGUUGUACUGAGUGCCAGAUGGAAUGCUUUAUCAAAUGCCGAUAGACAUCUAGCAUUUCCACCAGUUGCACCAAACUUUGUUGUGGAAUUACGCUCACAGAGUCAAUCACCUCAGGAUUUUCAUAGGAAAAUGUUACUAUGGAUUAAUGGUGGAGUUGAA